AUGUUCCCAAAUUCUUCCCACGUGGGUUGUCCACCCUUCCCUCCAAACUGUCAACAACAGAAUGGUUUCUUCAGUAAGAUUUCUGUAGAUGUAGCACCUGCUCUUGGCACUCAGCAGCAAAUUUUUGAUGUUCAGUUUAACUUUCAGAAUCUUUCCAGGGCUCUUUGGUGUGGGAACCUUUCAACUGUUCCAGCUGUUGUACCACAGCCGAUAACUUAUGGAAGUGUCAGUCUGGUACAUAUGGCUGAUCACCCCACGCCAUUCCGAGGAAGAAAGAGACUGAGUGAAGAAGGUGCAUCAUGUGCUGUCAAACGGCAGCGGUUGUAUUCACAAUGUUCCAAAAUACCUGUAGUUAAGCAGGCUGUGCCUUUACCAGCAGAAUGUAGAUACUCCUUCCCAGGAUCAAGUAGUUCUCCACUGUCCCGUGAAGAUUGUGUACCAGCAUUACCUGUAUGUGUACCUCCGUUGCAGAGUACUUCGCUUCCAAAACCUACAGAAACCACGCUCCCUGAGGCCAAAGAUAAGUUAAGUCAGCAGGUUUUGCAGUUGUUUGAAGCAUGUCAGCAGCAGACCUGUGACUUGAACAGAAAAGAAAACUGCAGAACAGAACUCCAGAGAGAAAUUCAGCGAAUUUUUCCACAAAGCAGACUCUUUUUGGUUGGGUCCUCACUAAAUGGAUUUGGCACUCGCAGCAGUGAUGCUGACUUGUGCCUGGUGGUGAAAGAAGAACCAGUAAAUCAGAAGACUGAAGCAAGGCGUAUACUCAGCUUAGUCCAAAAGCUCUUCAGUACUAAACUUUCAGGCUACAUUGAGCGACCUCAGCUGAUUCGAGCAAAAGUGCCAAUAGUGAAGUUCAGGGAUAAAGUCAGCCGUGUGGAAUUUGACUUGAAUGUAAACAAUGUUGUGGGAAUAAGAAAUACAUUCCUUCUGAGAACCUAUGCAUACA